AGGCUGGAGAGAAACUGCUUAGAUUCCCGUCCUUCCCCCCAAAUAAACUGUUUAGUGAUAACUAUUCUUGCGGCGAAGAUCUUCCACUAACCAAAUAGUUGACAAAAAGAGAUGAAAAAUUUAUUAAAAACCGGUAAAGGUAAAGUAAAGAACUCAUAAAUAUAUCACAUCAUAUGCCAGCAGUGUAUUACUGGUACUUCACUUGUAGGUUUUGUGGUCUGCUUAGGGAGAGAGAGAAAGGGAAACCUUUUUUGCUGAACCACUGGGAUCCUCUCAAUAGAAAAUCUCUGCUGACACAAGCUAGGUCUGCAUUGUUCUCUCUGCCGAAUCCCACAAUGGUUGCACAAGGCUUCAAUGUAGAUUUAAAUAAAGCACUUGUAUUCCAGGUUGGCCACCUUGGAGAAGCUUACCAAGAGUGGAUUCACCAGCCCAUUGUCAGCAAGGAAGGUCCGCGAUUUUUUGAAAGUGAUUUUUGGGAGUUUCUGACUCGCACAGUUUGGUGGGCAAUUCCAACCAUAUGGCUUCCAGUUGUAUGCUACAGUAUCUUCACGUCUAUCCAUAUGGGUCAUACUGUCCCGGAGGUGGCAUUGAUGGUGGCGUUGGGCAUUUUCAUCUGGACACUGAUGGAAUACACUCUUCAUCGUUUUCUUUUCCACAUUAAUACAACGAGCUAUUGGGGAAACACAGCUCAUUAUCUUCUUCAUGGCUGUCAUCAUAAGCAUCCCAUGGAUGGUCUAAGGCUUGUUUUUCCACCUGCUGCAACGGCUGUUCUUUGCAUACCUUUCUGGAACUUGAUCAAAUUCCUGGCGACUCCCUCUACUGCUCCUGCUUUGUUUGGAGGCGGUCUAUUGGGCUACGUUAUGUAUGAUGUAACCCACUACUACUUGCAUCACGGACAACCGACAAAUGAAGUGCCUAAAAGUCUUAAGAAAUAUCACUUGAAUCAUCAUUUUCGUAUCCAGAACAAAGGUUUUGGCAUUACCUCCUCUUUCUGGGACAAGGUGUUUGGAACGCUACCACAUUCAAAAUCAGCCAAGAACAGAUGAUUCCCGUCGCGGGGGAGAACUAGUUACAGCUCUAAGUGCUAUUUAUUAGAAGGGGUUAGAAUUUGAUUAUUUGAAAUCUGGUUCCAUUUUUUCAUCUAUAAUUAUAUUCAUGUCACAGUUUAAUCGACAAAUUGGCAUCUCAGCCUUAUGACAACUUGUGUAAGGGUUACUAACCUUGCUGCAAAACAUUGUGCUCAUCAGUCCAUCUAGGCUGUAUUUAUCUUCAUCAUUAGGCUGUAUGUUGACCAAUUAUUGUAUCUUGUACGAGUUUGGCAAUUGGAACGAUCUGGUUAAUGCAUAGCAAAUUUUUUCCCGGUGAA